AUCUCUACCUGGCUGGCCUACUGUAAGUACACAGUCCUAUUUAUACACAGGCGCAUACUAUUGUUACCAUUACACAUGUAAGCUAUCCAGGGACACACGACUGCACAUAUCACCACCCCACAGCAAGCUAGCACCUACAGCAGUAAACAUGCCGUUCAUCAUGUGCUAUACCAACCUCUCAAAGGACAAGUUACCAGAUGGCUUUGUAAAAUGGAUCUCUGAGCUAGUCAGUGACGUACUGACCAAACCAAUGGAGAGGAUUACCACCACGGUAUCGACGGAUUUAGAGAUGAUGAGAAUGGGUAGCUCAGACCCAACAAUGUUGAUCCAAAUACAUUCUAUCGGCGUGUUCGACGCCGAUCGUAACCCUGGCUACACAGAGAAACUCAACAAAGCCAUCCACGAGAAACUCGAACUACCAGCUAACAGGGUCGCCCUCCAAUAUCUUCCAGUUGAUAAGGUUAUGGUAGGCAACGUUCCGUAGUGGACGUAGACUUAAAAACUGGAGAGAAAACAGACAUUUCAAUGACGGUCAGAGAUAAUUAAUCAAAUAAAAACCAAAAUAUAUUCAGAUCAAUACAUGUGUACCUCAGUGGGAAACGGGAGGCAUCGUGUUGAUUGUUUUUCGUAGCUAAAAUAUGAUGUGCUGGCAGAAGAGAGGAACGUUUUAGUUUAAACCAGUCAGGCGUAGGUGAUUGAACAGCCAUAUCCACUCUGUGAUGCAACUAUGCGAUAAACAUUCAUUAGACACAACCAUGAUUUGUUUUUUAAUAUGUUACAUUUGUAUGAAAGACAAUAACCUUCUUCAGACGUAUAAUGUGGUAAGAUAAUUUGUGACCACGUAAGCCAGCUGAUAUACCUACACACCUGUGUCCCAACAGCGCUUCAUUAGGUCAAGUCCUCUCAAACAGAGAUAUCUCGUCCUUACAGUGUAGGUGUGUACAGACCAUCUUUACACACGUAUCGUUUGAAAUAGGUAAUCGACUAUCCUUGUAAAGUUGUGAACGGCAAAACAACUUAUGGUAAUACAUAAUCAAUUUUCAUGCGAUAUCUUAUUCUCAUUCUAAAAGUGUAUAAAUAGUAUCGAGUUUAUUAAUCAAAUUAUUUAUUUUUUGUUUCAAUGAUGGUAAAAGCUUCUAUAGGAAAACCUUAUCACAAAAGAAACACUUUAAUCGGGAGUAAAAGUUGAUACGUAAGAACAACGACAGAAAUUGACGGCAGAUCAAAACAGAAAGAAAAAAUAUGAACCUGAAUAAACCACGGGCUCAGUGUAUAUUUACGUCACACGUAUAUGUCAUAUGUCACACCGUCAAAUUUAGUGGUUUUGUCAUUAAUGAAAUAUCUAUAAACAAUUGUAAAGAAAAAGUCCUUUGUUAAUUUGAAUCAUACGAGCUGAUACUGGGUUUUUUAUCACAGUUUUGACAUCUUCACUGUCUUCUUUUGGCUUUAUCUAUAUUACCAACAAACCUUUAACCUAUCACCAACAAACCUUUAACCUAUCACCAACAAACCUUUAACAUAUCACCAAUAAACCUUUAACAUAUCACCAACAAACCUUUAACAUAUCACCAACAAACACGUAAUGCAUUACAAAGUGAUCAUUUUGGAUUAAAAGACAUUAUAAUCAUGUCUUAGAAAGUUUGCGAUUGGAAAUUCCCCGAAUCUAACAGGAAACACCAUUACAGGAACAGGGUUACCCUAUGUGGUGCAAGAGAACCAUAUCCUUUCAAGGUAGAUGGUUUCGGCUCUGGGUUUCAUCCAAAUGGAUUAAUACGGCAUUACUUUUGAUUUUAUCUCUCCUCAGUUAAAACUGUUGUCUUUUCAUUUCAAAAUUAUUUUUAUUGUUUCAAUUAACAAUAGGAUUGGGCACAGGCAUUGCCUAUACAAGUCCUUUCCAUAUAGAAAAGACAUACAUUUCAACCAUAUACUACGUAUAAAUAGAAGAUGUAAUAUAUUCAGAUAGGUAGAUACAAUGUAGGGUAGGCUGAACUAAUAAGCCAAUUUUAUAUACAUUGUACAGAACACAGAGAUUAACAGUCUAAUUAGAACACCCCAUAUUAUAACAGCGUAGAUAUAGUGCUUGGUUAGGGCACUUCAAAGUCACUAUCGUCUUUUGCGUUCCUAUUUGGCCUAAUGUGUACGCGCUGUAGUAGUAUUUCAUGUUAAGGUUUAUUCACAGUUCACAAAAACUUCCUUUCAUAUCUUGUCCGGUAUAUAUUAACAAGAAGGCAUUAUCAGGGAUUUCUUGUAACCUAAAAAAAUAACAUUUGGGUGUGCUUAUAUUUGAUAUUUGUAACAUUUCCAUUCAUAUGGAAUAGAGGGUAAGUGUGCAAUAAUAAAAGCAUUACACAAUUCAAAAUACAUCGUAAAUUUUGGUUUAGCUAACUAUAAUUACAUAUAGGUAGAAUUAAAAACUCAAUGGUGAUGCUAUUAUGUAUCAACUGAUAUAGGUCGUUAAAGUAUUUGUUUGCAUUACAACUGUAAAUCAAUUUGACGUUUUUGACAUUCACUUUGAUUUGGAAAUGAGGUUAGCCUGCAAUGCUUUAAGCAACACACGUACAUUUUGGUUUAGAUAACUAUGAUUACAUAUAGAUAGAAUAAACAACUCAAGAGUGAUGAUAUUAUGUAUAAACUGAUAUAGGUUGUUACAGUAUUUGUUUGCAUUGCAACUGUAAAUAAAUUGUUA